AUGCCAACCACCUCAUCCGCUCCUGACAAAUCGAGACAGACCUCGGCUGGCAAAUCGUUCUUCGGGAGGAAGCUACACAAGGAAAGACCGGCGGAGGAUCGAUAUGAAGGCAAUGGAGGGGUGGAGAAUCUCGCGCCUCCUGGGAGUGCGGCCGGGUCUCGCUCGUCCCGACAUUCGAAGCGGUCAUCCGUACAAUCAGUUGAUUAUUCCCAGGACAUUGACCCGGCCGGACUGUCAAUGACUGCGGGGGUUAUCACUUCUAUACCUUUCGAGAGCCUCCCUGCCGAUACUAAGUCGCCUAUUCCAGUCGACUACCUUUCCAAAGCCGAUACAUCUCCCCGGAAGGAGCCAUCGCCACACCAUCUCGCCAAAGGAGGGGGGGACUUCCACCAGUAUCCAGCAUGGAACCCGUCUGCCGUUCGAGAUACUAGUCACUACUCACAUCCAACUGGGCCUCGUCCGCCACCGCAUGCCUCCAAUAUCACGAUGUCCGGCAGCGCAACGGGGGAUAGAGGCACACGGUAUCAACAGUGGGGGAGACCGGGAAGCUCAGCGAACAACGCGGGAUUCAAUCAUAAUUCAUCGUCCACGGUUGACUCCUCGAAUUCGCGCAUAUCUUUCGACCAAGCUAGUAUCCAUUCUUCCCUCUCUUCGAACACAAGGGGAUCGAGCUAUUUCUCGUCAGAUGGAUCUUCGCGUACGCUCACAACUUCUCAUUCGGCUGACCGCAGCACGUACUUCCCCAAUGGGGGCUCCAAUCGACUGUCCACCGCACAAGCGGCCUGGCAGUCAUCUCAGCCGGCUGCCCAGCCAAGACCAUCCAACGUAGAGCAAUACCUGAGUCGACCGAGGGAUGAUCGUGUAGUGGACCAGCUGUUCCUGGAGUUGAUGCAGAAGCGUGGCUGGCAGAAUCUUCCAGAGCAAGCCAAGAGGCAAAUGCUCUCGUACCCGGCUUCUAAAAAAUGGACCCUGGUCCACCAAGACCGACUCACAGAGUUGCAAGGGGAACAAAAGCGACGGCAAAAUGCCCGCCAGACUCAUGGCCAUGACGGCCCAUCCGGGAUUUUGGAGCGAGCCGAUGAAGAGGGUAGCCCGGAGUGGUAUGUGAAGAAAGUCAUGGAUGACUCGAUUACCCCGAAACAGUUGGCCAGCUUGAGCGUCAGUCUCAGGACGCAGCCAAUCAGCUGGGUGAAGGCUUUUGUUGAAUCCCAGGGCCAGAUAGCAUUGACAAAUGUUCUUUCAAAAAUGAACCGGAGAAAGGCCUCGGGCCCGGUUCCUGCACCCCCAACAGGGGAUAAGGAUCUGGAUCGGGAAUACGAUAUCGUCAAGUGCCUGAAAGCCUUGAUGAACAACAAAUAUGGUGCGGAUGAUGCUUUAUCUCACCAACAGGUAAUCGUGGCUCUCGUGAGCUCGCUGUUAUCUCCUCGUUUGAAUACAAGGAAGCUGGUCAGCGAGGUAUUGACUUUCCUCUGUCACUGGUCCGAGGGGCAUGGCCAUCAGAAGGUCCUUCAGGCUAUGGAUCAUGUCAAAAACCACCACGGUGAGACUGGCCGUUUUGAUGCUUGGAUGCGGAUAGUUGAGGUCACGAUUGACGGCCGUGGUAAGAUGGGCAGCUUGGUCGGUGCCAGCGAGGAGUACCGUAGCGGUGGGAUUGGCAUGGAAAAUCUCCUCAUGGAAUAUGCUGUUUCUACGAUGCUCCUUAUCAAUAUGCUGGUGGAUGCCCCAGAGAAUGACUUACAGCUUCGAUGCCAUAUCCGGGCGCAAUUCAUUUCCUGCGGAAUUAAGCGCCUUUUGACCAAAAUGGAAGGCUUCCAAUACGAGGUUAUUGACAAGCAGAUUGAGCGUUUCCGCGAAAAUGAAGCGAUUGAUUAUGAGGAUCUUCUCCAGCGGGAGGGCAGCAGCAUGAAAGACAGCAUUGAAGGUGAGGUGAAGGACAUGAGUGAUCCGCUUCAAAUUACAGACGCUAUCGCCUCGAAAAUUAAUGGAACUCGGGCUCAUGACUAUUUCCUCUCCGCCAUGCAACACAUGCUCUUGAUCAGAGAGAAUUCCGGCGAAGAUGGCCUCCGCAUGUACCAACUGGUAGACGCCAUGCUCAGUUACGUCGCCAUGGAUCGGAGACUGCCCGACCUUGACCUCCGACAGGGACUGACAUUUACGGUACAAAGCCUUCUUGACCGACUUCAUACGGAUGCAGAAGCAAGGCAAGCGUAUGAUGAAUCCUUGGAAGCUCGUCAAAUCGCGGAGGCCGCUAUUGCUGAACGUGAUGAGAUGAAGGCACACAUUGAACUGGGCGCAGAUGGCUUGGUGAAAAAGCUGCAGAAGCGAAUCGACGAACAGACUGGCAUCAUUGAACUCCAAACGAGACAAAAUGAGACGAUUAAAGCGGAGCUUGCUGAUGUCCAGAGGCUACGCGCUCAGGAGCUGCAACGCAAUGAACUGGAAACUCGGGAGUUGUAUCUGAUGCUUCGGGAUGCCCAGGACAUCGCGGCGUCCAAUGCCAAGAAGAAUAAUUUAGCGGAAAGCGAUCCGUCUCAAAUGGCAGGAAUUCUGGAUCGCGAGAAGCUCUUAGGAAGGCUAGAAAUGCAGCUCGAGCGGACUAAGACCCAGUUCAAACUGGAAGGCAAGGUUUGGGGACAACAUGGUCCUUCGGAUCGACUUCGUGAGCUACGGGAGCAGAUGGAUGGGGACGCUGGACUGAACGAGGAAUUCGAGGAACACGCGCGUCAGACCCUUGACAGCAACGCCUUGGGAUCGGUCCUUCGGAAGAGAAGCCAGGUUCCGGGAACAGAGCAUGAUGCCGCCGGCGAUGGCCAAGAUGAGCUGGCCCAAGUUGAUGGACGUGGGGAAGUGGUAUAUGAGAAGGCACGUCUCGUGGACCUUCAACGGCCUCGAAUGAACCCGGCCCAGGCGACUGGUCUCCUGGGGGAGAUUGCUUCCAAAGUUCCUAAGUUUGACGCUGACGAGCUGGUCGACGCUGUUCCACAGCCGGCUGAGAGCGUCGAGGCCCUUACUCCCCAAGCGGACGAAUCUGGCGUUGUAAACAAAGAUGAACACGUUGAUAAUGACGAAUCUACUCUUGCUCCUCCACCACCGCCUCCUCCUCCACCGCCGCCGCCUCCUCCCCCGCCAGGCUCUGAGACAGCUUUUCCUCCACCGCCGCCUCCGCCUCCACCUCCACCCCCUCCGCCCCCUGGAGCGGGAGUCAGCUUUCCUCCGCCUCCGCCUCCGCCUCCGCCUGGAGCUCCCGGCGCCAUGCCACCGCCGCCGCCACCCCCUCCGCCGGGAGGGUUGUUUGGUGCUCCCCCGCCUCCGCCUCCGCCCGGUGCCUCGUUUGGUGGCUGGAGAGCCAAUUACAUGGCUUCACAAACUCUCCCAUCUAAACCAUCGACAUUUAUGCCAUCAAUUCGACCCAAGAAGAAGCUCAAAGCAGUCCAUUGGGACAAGGUUGAUACUCCACAGGUAACAGUCUGGGCCUCUCAUGCCGUGACUCCUGAGGCCAAGGAGGAGAAAUACACCGAACUGGCCAAGAAGGGUGUGCUGGAUGAAGUUGAGCGGCUGUUCAUGGCCAAGGAGACCAAGAUCUUUGGGGGUGGCACGGCAGCCAAGCAACGCAAAGACAAGAAGCAAAUCAUCUCGAACGAGCUUUCCAAGAAUUUCCAGAUUGCCUUGGCGAAGUUUUCACAGUACCCGGCUGACGACGUCGUGCGAAUGGUCAUCCACUGCGACGCGGACAUCCUUGACAACAUGGUGGUCAUGGACUUCUUACAACGGGACGAAAUGUGCACGAUUCCGGAGAAUAUAUCCAAACUCAUGGCGCCGUAUAGCAGGGAUUGGACCGGCCCCGCUGCUACCAGUUCCGAGCGAGAACAAGACCCCAGCGAACUUACCCGUGAGGAUCAAAUUUAUCUGUACACUACCUUCGAACUGAAUCACUAUUGGAAGGCGAGAAUGCGUGCCUUGGCAUUGACACGCUCCUAUGAGCCAGAUUAUGAGCACAUCUCGGCGAAACUCCGGCAGGUCGUGGAAGUCAGCGAGUCGUUGAGGGAUUCGGUUUCCCUCAUGAACGUGUUGGGUCUGAUCCUGGACAUUGGCAACUUCAUGAACGACGCCAACAAACAAGCCCAAGGAUUCAAGCUGAGCUCUCUGGCUCGUCUCGGUAUGGUCAAGGAUGACAAGAAUGAAACCACGUUUGCGGAUCUCGUCGAGAGAAUUGUUCGCAACCAAUAUCCAGAAUGGGAGGGCUUUGUCGAUGAGAUCAACGGGGUCGUCGGUCUGCAGAAACUCAACGUUGACCAGCUGCACACGGAUGCCAAGAAAUACAUCGAUAAUAUCAAGAACGUACAGGCAAGCUUGGACGCUGGCAAUCUCAGUGACCCUAAGAAGUUCCAUCCACAGGAUCGCGUCAGCCAAAUCGUCCAGCGUAGCAUGAAAGAUGCGAGACGAAAGGCCGAGCAGAUGCAGCUCUACCUGGAUGAGAUGGUCAAGACGUAUGAUGAUAUUAUGGUCUUCUAUGGCGAAGAUAAUGUGGACGAGGGCGCCCGACGGGACUUCUUCGCGAAGUUGGCGGCGUUCUUGUUGGAGUGGAAGAAAUCCAAAGAUAAGAACAUGUCUUUGGAGGAGUCUAGGAAGCGUACCGAAGCUUCACUAGCUCGCAAACGCAUCAAUGCCGGUCUAGCAAACAAUGUUAGCUCGGGUAGUGAGGCGCCACAGUCCCCAGUCACAAGCGGCGCCAUGGACUCGCUUUUGGAAAAGCUGCGCGCUGCAGCUCCCCAGGCCAGGGAUCAACGUGAUCGCCGUCGACGUGCACGAUUGAAGGAGCGGCACCAGGUCCGGGUCGCUUCGGGACAAAAGAUACCCGAAAUUUCUGGGUCUGACGGCGUGGACACCGAGAACAAUAAUGGAAGUGAAAGCCAUGGAAACCUUGCUAGCAAUAGCAACGACACUGAUUCCACAGAGACUGGACUUCUCAGCCCCCCUAUUCAGGAGUCCGAUUCAGGUUCCGUGAAAGACUCAUCCCAGGUGUCCGAGAGUGAAGACGUCGCAGACCGCGCUGCUAGCAUGUUGCAGGGCCUGAGAGAUAACGCCGAUGGAGAGCGCACGAGACAAAGGCGCGAAACCGCGGAAGAAGAGCGGCGCAAACGCCGAUUGCGGCGGCGAAAUGGAGCCACCAAUGGAAGUAAAGAUAGCACUGAUGGCUCUGCUCUGUCUUCCGUGCCCGAAUCAGCUUCACCUCCCCAGACUGAUUCGAUGGAAACAGGCGAAUCGGCUGCAUCCUGUUCACCUCCAGCUGAGGAAGAUGCCACUCCCAAACCACCUCUUACCCCCUCUAUUGUCGUCUCUCCGACGGUAGACCAGCAUCCUGGCUCGCCUGGCGACGAUGCUGAGGACGACUCAUUCAAUAGAGCACUGCGCAAGCCUAUCGAGCAGUCUGACUGA